CAACAUGAAAAAUCUCUCUGACCCAUGAAAAUGAGACCUUGUACACUGAAGCUCCCAUCAGACUGGUUCCAGUAGCUUGCAUUAAAACACAGUAAUGUACAGUUACAUGUUUUCCUUUGUUACCAGUGAGCAGGCUGUUAGAAAGUGAGCAUCUGUUUUUGCAUGCUGGAAAAGUCAGAGAGAGUGAAACAGACAGGCUGUGAGCUCCACACUCCUCGGUGGAGCUCCCUCCCCCAGCCUCACACUCAGUCCACCCUGACAGUUCAGGGAGGGCUCCCCAUCCGCAGCUUUAAACACUGCGCACACAUUACCAGCUCACACGGCUCGCCGUGACGUAUAUAUGACCGUAGAUGUUAUCAUGCUCACUAUCCCAGAUGUUGUUCACACAAAGCCGUCCUUUUACCCGGCUCUGCUCUGUUGUAUAGAGUAAACUGAGUUGAACCAUCAGCAUGAACCCAGUGAACCCAAACAGAAGCAUUACAUCCUCCAGAACAGUAGGCGGCAGUGCGGAGCGCGUAAAAGCCUCAGCUGAGCGCAGAGUAGCUGUUCGGUUUACAGAACAGUAUGGUCCACAGCGUGCCAUGCCUUCUCCCAUCCCGCUGACCCGCCUGCUGCCCAAAGACUUCUGCCCCUCUCUGGACACGGGGCCCUGCAGCAGCCCGCUGACUAAGCACGGCUCCACCUUACAAGUGCCCGCUCAGCGGCUCCAUGGCAGAAUCGCCACUCGGCUUUGGUCCUCGGUUAUCCACUGGAAGCAGCUGCGCUCCGUGCAGCCCGUGGGCUCGGGAGGCUUCGGCUCGGUCUACCAGGCGGAGUACUUCGGAGAGACCGUGGCGGUGAAGAAGGUCAACAGGUCCACCAAGAACAAGCUGGCGUCCCAGCAGAGCUUCUGGGCCGAGCUGAACGCGGCGCACCUGCGCCACGCCAACAUAGUGCGCGUAAUAGCUGCCACCACCUGCGUCCCGCCACAGUGUGGAGAUGAAGGCAGCAUCGGGGUAAUACUGAUGGAGUUCGUGGGCAGAAGGAACCUCCAGCAGGUCAUUUACGGUGGCACGGAGCCGCUGGGACAGGACAGGUGCGUCAGGUACUCCUCGGAUAUCGUUCACGGCCUGAGGUUUCUCCACUCCCACGGCGUCGUGCAUCUGGACAUUAAACCAGCUAACGUGCUGCUGACCAACGAGGACGUGUGCAAAAUCGCAGACUUCGGCUGUUCUCUCAAACUGGACCCUGGCUGUGAGGUCAGCGCUGCGAGCCACCAGCCACUCGUGGGUGGCACGUACACGCACAGAGCCCCAGAGCUGCUCAGAGGCGAGAGGGUGACUCCUAAAGCGGACAUCUUUUCUUUCGGCAUCACUCUGUGGCAGCUUCUCACCAGAGAGCCGCCCUACACCGGCGACAGGGAGCACGUCAUCUACGCGGUGGUGGCUCACAAUCUGCGGCCUUCUGUUCAGGACCACCAGGUGUUCCGGUCGGAGCCGGGGCGGCUGUUUCGGGCUCUGCUGAGCCGCUGCUGGAACGGAACGCCCCCCUGCAGACCCAGCGCCCAGGAGCUGCUGUCGUCCCUGGAGCAGCUACAGCCACAGACCUGAUUUGAAGCUGCGCACGGGUGUGUGGACAGCUGUGGGUUUGAAUAUGUUCAGCUUCAGGAAACGAGUACUGUGCGCUAGGCCAGGUCAAAGCUGAGGAAACCAUGGAAGUGCCUUUGCAGACGCACAUGGAAACGCUGGGCGUCUAUGACUACAUGUGAAUCAUGUUUUUACUGUGCAAAUAAUAAUAAGUGUGCAUAGUCCUCAGAUUGUAGCAUUAAAAUAAGCUGGUUUAUUCUCCUUUUAGCUGUUUCUGUGCUGCUGUCAGGUCGGUCCUGUGGGACCAGGACACCGUUUCCUCCCAGACUGAACGUCCUGAUCCAUCUGUGACACUGUUUCCAAAUGUUUCUUAAAUGUGUUGUGAAUCAUAGUGUGUGAAAUGUGAUAUUUGGGUGUGAUGGGUUUCAUUAAAAUUCUUUUUU